UCCCACUCAAACGUCACCUCGCGCGUAGGUGUAUUCAAGGAUUUGGGAGAAUUCUCCGCCGAGCCAGGUUCAUGUUCUCUCAUCCAUAAAUUUUGAAAAUGAAAUCAAUGUUGAUCCACAGCAUAAACUUUAUCCUUGCAAUUGGUUACAUUCACGGACAUGCAACAAAACCGUGCCAUGCAAUAGACGGGGAGGAUUCGGGGAAACAGGGGGAGAGCGCCCCGGCGCGGGAGGGUGAGUUGGUUUCUUGGCAGCUUGGUUGGUGCUUCUGGGGAGCUUCCCCAUUUGGGGCUGCACGGCUGUCCCCAUCUCCCAGGAUGCGAGUUCUUCCAUCACCUUUAUGUAUGUACAAGUCCUGCCGCAUGCGGAGAUCGUUUACCGAGGAAUGUUUCAGCCAUGAUCAAAAGCGUCACCUGGGCAUUCCUUUCUCGUUAAUACCUGCCUCUUGCCCUUUCCUAAUCAACACGAAACUGCAUUCUCUUUUGUAAUGAAGCGAGACGGUGUGAGUUGUGUGCGGAAUCCACCUGUUGGUAACCUCGCGUGCCUCGUUG